AUGGCACGAUUUAUUUGCUUGUUGUUGCCUUCAACGAUUUCAGCAAUGAUUGCUUCGUCAGGACAAAUUCCAUAUUGGGCUGGAGGUGCUCAUGGUUUAUCGUUUGAAAAUAGUAUAUUUGGAACUAAUCAACAGCUAGGUGGCAAUAUGUUUCCCUGUGCAUCAUGUCUUAGUUUAUUUGGAACUAAUCAACAGCUAGGUGGCAUUAUGUCUCCCUGUGCGUCGUGUCUUCGUAUUUUACAAAAUCUCGGUAGCUUGCAAGGUUUUAGUGGUUUCCAAGGUUUCAAUGCCAUGCAAGGUUACAGUCCUUUCAAUAGCAUGCAAGGUUACAGUCCUUUCAAUAGCAUGCAAGGUUACGGUCCCUUGCCAAGUACCAGUGGUUUACAAAUAAUGCAAUUACCAUUCAACAGCAAUACAUCUCCCUGUACGCCAUGUAUGAUCUGUUCACCGCAAAAUGUGCAGCAAAAUUCACAGCUAUAUGGGCAAACAAACUGUAUACCUGGACAAAAACCGGGAUCAAUGGGAUUAUUUAAUGAUCAGUUUUGCUGCUGUUGCACACCUACGACUGGAUCUGGAUCAGGAAUUGGUACCUUUAAUGGGAAGAAAUAA